CUUUGUCGCUCCUCCCCUCGCGCCUUUCAGGGCGUAGAAGCAUUCAAAAGGGGCGGGGCGCGGCGCAUGCGCGCUGCGGAACUGCGUGUGUCCUCUGCGGAGCGGGAGCGAUGGGGCUGGGGCAGAAUGGCGCCGUGCGGGUUGAAUGGAUUGCCGCAGUCUCUUUAGCUGCUGGAGCAGCUGCUGUUGGGUAUCUAGCUUACAAAAAAUUUAUCUCUAAAGACAAAUGCUGCAAGGCAAUGGUGAAUCUCCAUAUCCAGAAGGAUAACCCCAAGGUAGUCCAUGCAUUUGAUAUGGAAGAUCUGGGAGACAAGGCUGUGUACUGUCGUUGCUGGAGAUCUAAGAAGUUCCCGCUGUGUGAUGGCUCUCACACACAGCACAAUGACGAAACUGGCGACAACGUUGGGCCUCUGAUCAUCAAGAGGAAGGAGGCGUAGAGUGGACAGUACAAGUUGCAAAAUGAAUGUCUGACAAAUCCUCUGCUCGCUUGUAAUUGGGGGAGAAACCACAAAUUUGUUGUCGUGUCACUGAAGAAUUUCCCGUGUAGUUUAUACAUCAGGCAUGUUUAUUAUUUCUGGGGCUUGUCUUGUUUUAAUCACUACAGUGCUUAAUUUACUGAAUAGUCAUAGUUGGAAUUUUUUGUCCUGUAAUGUGUGUGUACCCUCUCAUUGAGUAUGAAGCUAAACUGACGCACAGAAUGUAUGAGGCAAUUCAGCAGAAGUCAUAUUCAGAAGGUAGAUCUUAAUGUUUCUGAGAGGUUUGCAAGUUAUAUGUCUGGAUAGAGUUACAUUUGGCCUAUUACACUACAGUUUUGUGUGAGCUCUGUAAAAGAACACGUUUAGAAUUGCUAAUUAGGAACAGACAAUGUAAAAUGCUUAUAGCACGAUGGGGCUAAGGGGCAACUUUGCCUUUGAUUUUACAGCAGUGUUGAAAGUUGACCCCAUUACCAUGUGGUAUCAUGAAUGUACUACCAGAACUGCAGACCUGUAUUGAGAGCAGGAUUAGGAAGAUCAUCUCUGUGAGAGCUUUCUCAAUAAACAAGUGGAAGGAUAUGAAGUGCUCGGAGUGACGGGUGAGGGGUUGCAGGGUUGUUUUUACUGCUAGAAAGCCUUAGUUUCCUUUGCAGUCUCUGACAGUGGAGCUAACUUCCCCAGACCACAGGGCAGGGAGGCUAUGCUGAUUUAUUCCAGAAACUAAAAGAAUAAGUAAAACCCCACCUACUUCUUCAUUGCUCUGGCUGGUUCCAGAAGAUGCUUCCUGAUGUUGCAGAGAGAGCAGGUGCACCUUUCCAUAUUAAGUGGCCUUAGGCUCUAUGUGUCUUAAAUGGCUCCUGCCUUCCUGGGCUCACUGCUCAUGUGGAUCAGCUAUUUUUACCCAAAAGAACAAACUUGGACAGGCUUUGAUGACAGGUAGAAACAUGGAGAAAAGAAAGGAUGAGACAAGGAGGAGUCGUGUCCUCCGUUUGUAUGGCACUUGUCUGCCUUAUCUAACAGUUGCAUUAAUGGCCACAAGUCUCCUUAAUUAGCUUUUGAUUUAUCAACAUAUAAAUGGCUACAAAGCAAAACCCAAAGAGUGUGAUGGCAGAGGGCAGUUUUGUAUUAAACCUGGUCCACAAGCAUAAUUGCAGCUUGUGUAAGAUUGAGCUCUUAGAAGAGAGAGAAAGGCUACCUCAAAAGUAGAGAAAGUGUCUUCUCAAGAAGUUGAAAUUUUAACUGUAAAGAUUUUUCCAGAUAAUUGGGGCUAUAGGAAUUGUAUUUUUGUUAAGGUAAUGUUUGCUACAACUGGUUAAGACUAAAAAAUCGUUUCCUUAUCCUCAGUGUGAAAAUUUCUGAGGCUGAGGUCUUAGCUGAGCACUUAGAACUUUGGCAGAAGGCACGGAAAGCAGAGUUGGUAGGCAGCACAGACCUAAAGGACGGAGGGUGUGCGUGUAGAGUACUUGAGUGGGGUCAACUACUGUCUGAGAGACCUGCACUUGUAAGAAAUUGCAAAUACAUUUAGUCUCAUCUUUCUCUUCCUGUCUUGACUGUAAAGGUAACUGUUGUUUUUUUUUUUUACUUGCCCAAGUACUGAUGCAUAUGGAAAAUUGUUUUAAUCUUAAAUUAUCAAAUAUAUUUGGUUUAUCCAAAACCAAGUCCUCUCUGUAUUACUAGAAUGUGGCAUUGGAUAUUUCUGUAUUUUUUUUUUUAUAUACACACAUUUCAGCUCAUUUUGAUCUCAAGGUAAUGUUUGAGUUCUCAUAGGUGUGUUGUUUGUUCCAAGGAAGAAUUGUACUCUAAGUAGUGCUGCAAUCCAGUGCUGCUGUAACCAUAAACCCCUGUCUGGGUUGGGUUUUCCUUCUGAGACUUCCUGUUAGCAGUAAAGCCUAACUUCUUUGGAAGGAGUGCAAGUUCAUUGAAAACUGCAUUUGUGUUUUAAGAUACAAAGUCCUGAAAUCUCUAAUGGAUCUUCUGAGUCAUAAGUCUGUUCCCUGCUGCUGGACAGGAAAACACUUUGUGGUGCUUGAGCAUCAGGAAAGUGGGCUCCGUGAGAAGCUCUUCUUCCUGUAAGGAGAAGAUGCAGAAGUAGAAUCUUUGCUGAUUUACAUCCUGGUGAGUUUAUUUUGGAGAAGCGUCACAUUGAAAAAUGUUGACAUCAAGUGUUAUGGUUUAUUUUGAUGCACAUACAGUUUUCUGUACUGUACCUAAAAGUUCUGCUUGUGUCUGUGAGCUGUUAGAACACAAUAAUGAAAAGAGAAGCCUGAAUUUGAGUAAAUAAAAUUGCCAGUAGUCUUGAAGAGCA